AACUGAUAUCAACAAUGCGCUCUGUCUUACGCUUGCAAGUACUUCCAUGGAAACAUAUCCGAACAUCUAUUCGAAUGCCUCCUCUGAAGGCUGGAGUAGCCACAAGCGGCCACUUCAAGCUCCCAAACGCACGCAACGAGGAGAAUCUUCACUAUGCAAAGUCUUCGCCGGAGAGAGCAAAGCUUGACGAGGCUCUGCGAGCGUUGCGCUCCAAACUUCCUCUGCAUGUCCCGCUCCAUGUCUCGGGGAUGUCAAGAUCAACAAGCCAGUCUCUCAUGUCAACUAUGCCUUCGGAACAUGCUCAAGAGUUCGCAAAGUCUAGCGCCGCAAGCGUUGAAGACGUCGAAAACGCAAUUGCAUCCGCACUCGAAGCCAAGAAGUCAUGGGAGAAGACUCCGUUUGUCGAUCGUGCUGCAAUCUUCUUGAAGGCUGCGGAGCUGGUAGCUGGCAAGUACAGAUACGAAUUGGUAGCGGCUACAAUGCUAGGUCAAGGCAAAAAUGCCUGGCAGGCCGAGAUUGAUGCUGCUGCGGAACUUGCAGACUUCUUCCGGUUCAAUGUUUCGUAUGCUGAAGAGGUAUACAACAAGCAGCCUGCAUUGAACGCGCCUGGCAACUUCGGACGAACAGACUGGAGACCACUCGAGGGUUUUGUGUACGCAGUGUCGCCUUUCAACUUCACUGCCAUCGGCGGCAACCUCGUAUCCGGUCCAGCAAUCAUGGGUAAUGUCGUACUGUGGAAACCUUCCCCGACAGGCGUGUAUGCCAGCUGGCUGGUAUAUCAAAUUCUUCUCGAGGCCGGUCUCCCACCCAACGUCAUCCAGUUUUUACCCGGCGACGCGGAGCUCAUCACCAAGACUGUGUAUGAACACAAAGAAUUCUCGGCUCUCAACUUCACCGGAUCUUCAGAUGUGUUUCGCAGCUUGUACGGUAAGGCAGCAGAAGGCGUCGUCAACAAGAAGUACCGUGACAUGCCGCGCAUGGUAGGAGAGACAUCUGGCAAGAAUUUCCACCUGGUACACUCCUCAGCUGACAUAAGCAAUGCCGUCAAACACACUGUCCGAGCUGCUUUUGAGUAUUCCGGUCAGAAGUGUUCUGCUUGUUCUCGAGUCUAUAUACCGGAAAGCAAAGCACAAGAAUUUCUCGAGCAGAUCAAGAAAGAGAUGGCACCUAUUAAAGUGGGCCCACCCGAAGACUACGAAAACUUCUUGGGUCCAGUCAUACACAAAGGAGCAUUUGACAAGAUCUCCAAGAUCAUAGACAAGGCCAAUGGUGACAGCCGCCUACAGAAGGUUUUUGGCGGCUCUUAUGAGGGAAGUAAAGGCCAUUUCAUUCAGCCUUCGUUGUAUGUCGCAAACACUCUUGACCAUGAAUUGUUCGAUCAGGAAAUCUUCGGCCCAGCACUCGUGGCGUAUGUUUAUCCUGAUGGCGACUUCGAGCAAGUCAUGGCCAAGAUCGAUACGCAAGGAGGCGGAUUUGCGCUGACUGGCGCAAUCUUCGCAAAUGAUCGGGCAAUUCUCCGUCAAGCGGAAGACACAUUGCGAUACUCGGCUGGCAACUUCUACCUCAAUUGCAAGACGACAGGAGCCGUCAUUGGUCAUCAGUCUUUUGGUGGAAGCAGAAGCAGUGGAACAAAUGACAAGGCUGGAAGCGCAAAUGUUCUCAUGCGAUUCACCUCGCCCAGGACUCUAAAGGAGGAAAUGAUCCCGCUACAAUCUGUACUUUAUCCUAGUAAUCUUGCU